AAGCACCAAGCAUCAGGAGCCUUGCAGAGGGAGUUGGUGGUGCAAAAUGAAAAAGGCUGAGCCAGUGCAGUUCAGACCAUCACAGUCACCUUCAGUGGUGUGCCAGGGUCGUGGACAUUAAGACAACUUGUUUCUAACUUGCACUGGCCCAUCUUUCUCUGUGUGGGGAUGGACCUUGGGUUGCCUGGAUUGCAGGAUGACCUUGUCCUCUUUGUUUGGAAGGUCCGGUGCAGCUGCGAGCUCUCUUUCUGCACACCGAGCACGAGCAGAGGCAGCCGAAGACGGUCACACAAGCCAACAUGAAGGUGGAAUUACUCCCAGCCCUCACAGACAACUACAUGUACCUCCUCAUUGAUGAGGAAACAAAGGAGGCUGCAAUAGUUGAUCCUGUGCAGCCUCAGAAGGUUUUGGAUGCAGUCAAAAAGCAUGGCGUGAAGCUGACCACUGUCCUGACCACACAUCAUCACUGGGACCAUGCUGGAGGAAAUGAGAAGCUCGUCAAGAUGGAGACAGGGCUGCGUGUGUAUGGGGGAGACAGCAGAGUCGGAGCACUGACGCAGAAAGUGUCUCACCUGACGUCCCUCAAGGUGGGAUCUCUUAAUGUGAAAUGCCUCUGUACGCCGUGUCACACUUCUGGACACAUCUGUUAUUAUGUGACUAAGCCAAAUAGCUCCGAGCCACCUGCAGUUUUUACAGGUGACACGCUGUUUGUGGCCGGCUGUGGGAAAUUCUUCGAGGGAACCCCCGAGGAAAUGUACAGAGCGCUGAUUGAGAUUCUGGGCAGCCUGGACCCUGAAACAAGAGUUUACUGCGGUCACGAGUACACCAUCAACAAUCUCAAGUUUGCUCGACACGUUGAACCCAAUAAUGUUGCUAUCCAGGAAAAGCUUGCUUGGGCCAAGGCAAAGUACGACAGUGGUGAGCCAACCAUCCCUUCCACCAUUGCAGAGGAGUUCACGUACAACCCCUUCAUGCGCGUGAGGGAGAAGACGGUUCAGGAGCACGCGGGGGAGACUGACCCUGUCCGAACCAUGGGGGCCAUCCGAAAGGAGAAGGAUAACUUCCGAGUCCCGAAGGACUGAGCGCUCUGCCUGCGUCACUUUCAUGCCACUUUAAUGUCCAUUUCUGUGUCAUUUAGACUAGUCAGAUGUUUUAGGAGUUGAAUGUGGUUGAGACAGUCAUAGUUAGGGGUUUUUUUUUUUCUUUUAAUUAAGGAGAAAAAAACCAACAAAGCACUUUGCCCUUAUUGAGAUGUUCUACAGCAUAUUUAUAUUAUAAUGAAGAGUAUUUAUCCUUCUAUUGCUGGCUCUCGAGCUGUCACGUGUGCCAUGUGCAGGCCAUUUUACAAGCACUGGUUCAUGGCUCAGAGUCUGGGGUGGGGAAGGGUCAGACCUCGAGGUCUAGGGAAGGGCUCCUGAUGUUUUUGUAGGACUUGGGGUUUCUUCAUGUACAACAGAGACAAAGCGCAGUAAUGACAUCUCCAGAUGAAGAUUUGACCCUUUCUGCCUUGCUGCUACUUAAACGCUUCCAAGUCUGUUGCUCGUGGCUCUGCUAAACCAGUUCUGGGUGACAGACCUGCUGCAGGCCCCAAAGCUCGUGUGUGGCACGGGCAGGGUAGGCUGGCUCUGGGCCCAGCUUCUCUCCUCUUGUAGGCUGUGGUGGCUUUUCCAGGCAGUGUGCUGGCUUAGAGGCUGCACUGUUCCUUACAGCCUUUCCCUCUUAGCUUAAACCUGUCUGCAUGUACCUGCUCACUGCUUGUAGGUGUGACCUGCCUGUAGCUUGUGUUAGUGCCACGCAAACGAAGGGGCUUAUCUGCUGGUUCAAAGUCCUGAGAAGAGCUUAGCAAGUGCCUGACCGACUGGAAGAGUGAGGAGGUCCUCCAGCAGACGCCUUGCUGCCGAUAGCCAGAGCAGCUGUGUCGUACCGUGCUGUAAGUAACAUGGCAAACGAGCGUUUAUAGGCCAAGCGAGAGGGCGGCUGUUGUGGUGAUGGCCUGGCUGGCAGCAGCUCUGUGUGCCCUGCAGCAGCCUCUGCCUGCCCCAGCUGCAGCUGCAGAGGUGACGUUGCAGGUGGUGAAGGUGUCCAUGUAUUGCCAGAUUAAACGCGGCUCCGGCCCCUGAGAACCUGCA